GGAGGAUUGGAGGAGGGGGCGAGUUGUUUGGGGUUGGUGGGCCGGGGGUAUCGCGUCCGUCUCUCUCGGCUCGGCUUCUCCAAUAUCUUACUAGCAUACUGUGGCCUGCCCUGCAUCAGUAUGGAUUGUUAAUGGGAAAAAUGGAUGAUCAUCGUGUCAGCUGCUUCUGUUGCAAGACGUACUCCUGAAGAGUAGCUAUGGCUGAACCAGAAAUGUGUCCACACCUGGACUCCAUAGGAGAGGUGACAAAGGAGGACCUCCUCGAGAAAUCCAAGGGAACAUGCCAGUCCUGUGGAGCAGGGGGCCCGAACCUGUGGGCCUGUCUGCAGAGCGACUGCGCGUAUGUUGGUUGUGGAGAGUCGUUCUCGGAUCACAGCACCCUGCAUGCUCAGGCUGAGAAGCACAACCUGACGGUGAACCUGACCACAUUCAGGAUCUGGUGCUACGUGUGUGAGCGGGAAGUGUUUCUGGAGCACAGGCCGGCGCUGCUGCCUGUCCCCGCUGCUCCUCACACCUGUAAAGCCUCAGAGCAGGAAGCGCCUCCUCAGCAACUCAGUCACCCACUGAAAGGAGUACCGAUUGCUGUGGCAGACGAAGAGGGUUCAGAGUCAGAGGAAGAUGAGCUUAAACCCAGAGGCCUGACAGGAAUGAAAAAUAUCGGUAACUCCUGCUACAUGAAUGCCGCUCUUCAAGCUCUUUCCAACUGUCCUCCUCUCACUCAGUUCUUCCUGGACUGCAGUGGCUUGGUCCGGACCGAUAAGAAACCCGCUCUCUGUAAGAGCUACCAGAAACUAAUCUCCGAACUCUGGCAUAAAAAACGGCCCAGCUAUGUCGUGCCUACCAGUCUGUCUCAUGGCAUCAAACUAGUAAACCCCAUGUUUCGUGGUUACGCUCAGCAGGUAGGGGCAAGCACCCAGCAGGACACUCAGGAGUUCCUGCGCUGCCUGAUGGACCAGCUGCACGAGGAGCUGAAGGAGCCUCUGACAGAAUGCAGCAUGAGCGGGGAGGGCAGUGAUGGUGAGGAGAUAAGAGACGGAGAGCGCUCCCCAUCUGAGGAUGAAUUCCUAUCAUGUGACUCUGGCUCCAGCAGUGACCGGGGGGAGGGGGGGGGAGGCAUGGGCGACGGAGAGCUGCUCCUGCAGGAUGAAUGCGACGGGGUGAGGGCGCCGGCAGGAGGAGGGGUGGUGGGCGCCGUUACCGGAGGGGUGAUCUCGGAGAAGGAGAGGCUGAAGGAGAGGAGGGUGUCGGGCUCUCCUCUCCGAGGAGGCUCGCAGGAGAUGGACGAAGACGCCGAUGUGGAUACGGCCGCUGAGGAGGAGGGGGCUCCUGAGCGGGUAGACGAAGAGGAGUUAACGCCGACCACAAACACUGAGGCCGAGAACCAAGAGAACAACCAGUUAUCUGAUACUGGGCAAGGGCAGAGCAGCCAGAGCAGCAACACCUCAGAGCCAGACAAUGAAGUGACAAUGACCCAGACGCAGUCCACUCCCUGCAGUCCUGUGAGGACGCUUCAGGAGCUGCAUCCCAAACUGUCCUCCAGCCCGCCUCGCUCCAGCCCCCUGCGCUCUGCAGGACCUGCAUACGCCUUCAAAAAAGCUCAGCUGCUGCUCAGUGCCAGGAAGAAGAAACAGUCUCACUUCCGCAGUGUGAUCUCUGACAUCUUCGAUGGCUCCAUCCUCAGUCUGGUCCAGUGUCUGACCUGCGACAGGGUUUCUACGACAGUGGAAACGUUCCAGGACUUGUCCCUCCCUAUUCCGGGUAAAGAGGACUUGGCAAAGCUUCAUUCGUCAAUACAUCAGAACCUCCCGGUAAAAACUGGAGUGUGUCCCGACACUUAUGGCUCACAGGGCUGGAUCACCUUCAUCAUGGACUCCAUACGACGGUUCGUAGUCUCAUGCAUCCCUACUUGGUUUUGGGGGCCCAUGGUGACCCUGGAGGACUGCCUCGCUGCCUUCUUUGCUGCAGACGAACUCAAAGGGGACAACAUGUACAGCUGUGAGAGAUGUAAAAAGUUGAGAAAUGGUGUCAAAUAUUGCAAAGUACUUAGGCUUCCAGAGAUUCUGUGCAUUCACCUAAAACGCUUCCGGCACGAGGUCAUGUACUCGUUUAAGAUCAGCAGCCACGUGUCGUUCCCGCUGGAGGGCCUGGACAUGCGGCCUUUCCUUGCCAAAGAGAGUCCAUCCCAGGUCACCACCUAUGACCUCCUGUCAGUAAUCUGUCAUCACGGCACUGCAGGAAGUGGACACUACAUAGCCUACUGUCAGAAUGUGAUUAAUGGUCAGUGGUAUGAGUUUGAUGACCAGUAUGUGACAGAAGUCCAUGAGACGGUGGUGCAAAAUGCAGAGGCCUACGUGUUGUUCUAUAGGAAAAGCAGCGAGGAGUCUGUGAGAGAGCGACAGAAGGUAGUGGCUCUGGCCAACAUGAAGGAGCCCAGCCUGCUGCAGUUCUACAUCUCCAGAGAGUGGCUGAACAAGUUUAACACCUUCACAGAACCGGGCCCCAUCAGCAAUCACACAUUCCUCUGUCAGCAUGGAGGAAUCCCUCCUAAUAAAUACCAAUACGUGGAUGACUUGGUUGUGAUUGUUCCUCAGAAUGUGUGGGAGUACCUUUACAACAGUUUUGGAGGGGGCCCUGCAGUGAACCACCUGUAUAUGUGCGCCAUCUGCCAGGUAGAGAUUGAAGCUCUGGCUAAACGCAGAAAAACUGAAAUAGACACCUUCAUCAAGCUGAACAAAGAGUUUCAGGCUGAAGAGGCUCCGACGGUGAUCCUGUGCAUCAGCAUGCACUGGUUCAGAGAGUGGGAGUGCUUUGUGAAGGGCAAGGACAACGAGCCACCUGGUCCCAUCGACAAUAGUAAAAUUGGCGUUAUGAAAGGAGGGCACAUACAACUCAAGCAAGGCGCAGACUACGGUCAGAUCUCAGAGGAGACAUGGCAGUACUUGUUGGGAAUUUAUGGUGGGGGCCCAGAGAUUGCAGUGAGGCAGAACGUGGCCCCAGCCGACCCCGACAGCCUCCACGGGGAGAGGAAGAUCGAGGCAGAAACCAGAGCACUUUGAGAUAAAAACAGGUCUUCUGUUUCUCUUUCCACUCCUGUUCUCGCAGGAAGCUGAGGAAUUUGCACCGUGGUGGAGAAACCUCGUGGCGAGCACUUUGUAAAUGUAGCAACGCUUACUCUGAGGCCGUGUUGCAAAGAGGGUGAAAUGGUACUUUAAAUUGUCACAUAGUUUAUUUAUUGAAUAACUCCGAUCCUCAAUGUUAAGAUGUGUAAAAAAAGAUGUCGUGUCACAUCUCUGGGGGUGUUUAUGGUAGCUAUGGUGUGUCAGUGACUAGCUGUCAGAUACUGCUGAGGAGAACCGAGGACAUUUUUCUUCACUGCAAGCAAAAACGUCAAAAAGAGACGUUAAUGGCUUUCUGUUUGCCUGUUUACUAGUUACAUAGCAACAAGUUCAGUGAGAGAUGUCACAUAAAUCAUACUCUUGCACCUCCAACCUUAAAUACACGGUAUAACUGAGCCCUCAGGAAUGGAUGUCUUUUGUUUGGUUAAGCCAGGGGAAAUGAUCAGAUCUUCAAGAAAACACCGCAAAACAUCCAUGUGUCCAAAAAAAGAAAUACAAACUUUUCAGGGUGUAAUUGGAAAAGCUUCAAAAUGCAUGAAUUUGCUAUUCCUUUAUCCACAUAUCUUCUGUGGUGAAAUUGAUGGAAAUAUAUUGUCACUCUUGUGCGGCAGUUAGCUAAUUUUGAAGAAGUGAAACAUGGAAAAAGGGCAUGAAGAGGACGAGUACACAUUGGAUGCAGAGGUGGUACAACUUCCAAAGAGGAAACAAGAAAACCUCAUAAUUAUUCACAAAUUUGACAGCAAGAAUGACCUCAUCUCAGUUCUUUAGAAGACAUUACUCUAAUGAAAAAUAAUGCAAUACUUGUUUCAACAGAGACCUAGUCAAUGACGUAAUCAUUUAACAAUACCGAAAUAAUCUGCACAAAAUGCACAAAUCCAGAAGUUAUUUAUGAUUAUUAUUUGAUUGAUCAAGUUUAUUUUCUUAUUUCCACAAACAAACUUCCUUGUGCAUGUUUUGUCAUCAGAAAGAUAAGCUAUACUCACACUAUGGUAUAAAUAUCUGUGGAUCUGCAAGUUGCAUUCUUCUUGAAGAUACAUUUUAAAAUGAUAUGUAAAAACACACGUCUUCACUAUAGCUUGUUUACUCAAAAUCUUAAUGCGUAUGAACACCUCCACCCACACAGGAAGCGAUGAAUCAACACAUUCCUCUAACCGCAACACUUUUUAAAUCGAGAAAUACGUAUUAAGAUCUUUCGCCAUUUUUGUAUAUCCUUAGCUCACACUCAUAAACCAGAGUGUGCUGUGCAAUUUAAAAACAACAUUUAAGACGCUACAAAGACCUCCAAAUACCAACCUCUGACUUCCAUUUAUAGAAGCUACCAUGCAGAGUUGCUAAGAGUUGUUAUUCCGUUUAAAUCUGAAAAUCACCCUAAAUAUUGUUGUGCACAUUUCUUCUUAUACAGCAUACAUUGAGAUUAAAGUGCCAGAGUAAAAUCUAGGAGAAAUGGCAGGAAGCCAGUCGAAACUUUUGGGAAAAAGUAAAUAAAAAAUCACGUCCUCCUAUAUCUCAUUGUAGAUAAAUCACAUGCUUGCCUUUUUUUUACUGUACAGACCUGCAGUGUGCCGACACAUUAAAGCCUGCUGUUGUGGUAGAGUGAGCGAUGGGAAACAAGAAAGUCGAGUGUUUCUCUCUUAUUUUUAUAAUAAAAAAACAAUCUAGAAAACCCAUUUAAUUAUCUUUCAGUUAAAUUAAAUUAUGUUUAAAUAGCACAAUUAUUUUAAACUGUUUAUAAGUUGACUCAAACAAGGCGAGCAGACGGUAACCAAAAAUACCCAACAGACAUUUCUCACUGUAAAUAUUCUGACUUGUCACAGCAGGAAAAGCGGGCGUUACGAAUACCAUUAACAAUUUCUAUAAAAUAAAUGAAAGUAUGACGGAUAUAUGAGCUAACGGUGCGAGUACACUUUUAUUUUUUUAUUUUAUCUGACAGUUUCAGUUUUUUCAGUCUUUUGCAAAGUUACAUUUUAAAAAACUGUUUUUUUGCCACUUGGAGACAUCGAAAACAGGUUGGGAACACAAGACAGGCAUAACUAUUCAAAUUGAUAUUGUGAAGAUGCUAGCAAACCGUGGCUAAUGACACAUUUAGCCAUCCCAGACCAACAUUUUCAAUCAGUUGGAGUCAUGUUUCUGAUAAAAAGGAGACCAAUAUUUACUCUUUUGGCUUUGACUUACACUUUAGGGAAAUACCUGCCUUUUUAUUUACCAAAUCCUUCAGUAUAUUUAUCAGGUAGUCGCUAACUAUGCCUGUUUAGUUAGGAGCAGGUAGUGUACAGAGGAUUUUUGCAGCUUUAACCCUGAAAGAUGGCGGUAUAAGAGUGAAUUAAAACAGUGAAAUAGCGGUACAGAAAGCUAAACAAUGAGCUUAAACUAUAAAGCUGUGUAAAACAGAGUGAAGCUGCAAAAUUGGGGGACAAUUGUCUUUAGCAUCAUCCCCACAACCCCUUUCUUAUUAAUACAUUGUUAAUAAAAAGACAAAUAUACAGUUGGAAUAUCAUUUUACUUAAUCGAAUAAAAUGUCAAAUCUGCAGCUGUGGCUCAGGAGUAAUCAUACCCUACUGAAUAUCCUGUGAUCAAAACCAUUUAAUACUUAAUGGAAAAAAGCCAUUAUGAUUAUAUUAAUUCUACUUCAAAUGUUCCCUUAGCUCUUUUUCUUUAACUUUAUUCCAGACCAUGGUCUAAAAUAAUCUCCAUGUUUUCAUUUUUUUGUUGAUGUGUCCAAAGAGCAAUUCACCAAUUUUAUGAAGUAAUUUGUCUUAAGAAAAAUUGUUUUGUAGUAUUUUCUUUUUACACGUGUCCAGUCUGUAUCCAGCAGAGAUUAUAUUGAUGCUAUAGAGAUUUGUUAGUGUGUGCUAUGUUUAGAUUUUGGGGGAUUAAGUGCAAUGAAAAAAAUGACAAAUCUUUGUGCAAUGUGUGUUAGGAAGUGUAGCGUGGUAAUUACUUAAUUACCCCCGCCUGGGAGUUUGUUUGCUUGUGUUACAGCACGUAGCUAUGCGUGUGAGAUUUCUAUUUCAUAGGGAAAUCAAAGUAUUGCUGUGGUUGGAGAAAGUUCAUCAGGAAUAUUAUGAUAGCCUGGAGACAGCGAAACAGAUUUUGCUGACUCAUGUUUCCCCCACUUUUUACAGUGUGGCUGUGGCAUGAUCAUGGUGAUAACACGGGACUUAAGUGGUGGACCUUAAUUCAAUGAGAUGUCUUAAUGUCUGUAUAACUGAUGUAAUUACUCCUGACUGGUUAAAUGAUUAAAGUUGACUGGUCUUUGA